AUGAAUAUUACAAAUGUGACCGUCCCCGGCGUCGUGGGUAUGAGCAAGGGUGGGAGCGCGGAGUUGACUGUCCCCCUUGAUAUUGUCGACGCGCCCCUGGCGACGCUGAGUCCCGCGAGCCUGCUGACGACGCCGCUGCUGCAUGGGCGCGCGGAAAUGCGGGUGGUGGUUGGCACUGCAGCGCGCGUGAAAUACUGGGGCAUCUCGUCGCCGCGCGUUAUGGUGCAUGUGGAAUGCACGAUGCAGCUGGACCCGUUUUCCGCUAAGAAGUACAACGAGCAGUGUACACCCAGCAUCUCACUUUCCCACUCAACAAUCGCUUCCCCCUCCCACCCCGCUUCCCCUUCCCACCCCGCUUCCCCCUCCCACCCCGCUUCCCCCUCCCAACCCGCUUCCCCCUCCCAACCCGCUUCCCCCUCCCACCCCGCUUCCCCCUCCCACCCCGCUUCCCCCUCCCACCCCGCUCCCCCCUCCCACCCCGCUUCCCCCUCCCACCCCGCUUCCCCCUCCCACCCCGCUUCCCCCUCCCACCCCGCUCCCCCCUCCCACCCCGCUUCCCCCUCCCACCCCGCUUCCCCCUCCCACCCCGCUUCCCCCUCUCUCUCCCCUUCCCCCUCUCUCUCCCCUUCCCCCUCUCUCUCCCCUUCCCUCUCUCUCUCCCCUUCCCCCUCUCUCUCCCCUUCCCCCUCUCUCUCCCCUCCCCCCUCGCUCUCCCCUCCCCCCGCCCUCUCCCAUUUCCCCCCCCCUGCCAGCCAUCACUCGCCUCCCUGCCACCCGCCGCCCCUAUUCUUCGGAAGCUUAUCCUCAGCGCAUGCCCAUCCAUUGAUGGGGCCGGCGUCUUUCGGCCGUAUCUUAAGGUGGGUCGGCAGCAGUUGUCUCUCGUGGCCGGCAGCAGCGAGAGUGUGUAGUGAUGGGGAGGGUGUGUGCUGUGCAAUGAUGUGUGCACACUUGAAUAGCAUCAUGGUGUUUCGGAGGGGAGCACAAGUGAGCAGCAGUGUCUUGCCUGGGGAGGUGAGGCGUGGGGGAGGUGAAGCGUGGGGGAAGUGA